GGGUAACACACUCCAGCACGACACGGGCUCCCACUGUAAGCAUCUUCCCUGUGCAUUGCCACUGAAAGGUAUGUGAAACGCUUUCUAAAACAAUAGGAAAUGGAUUUGUUGCAUGUCUCUACCAAGCAAAGUAUGCUGGCUCCUGGCAAAGACUUGCUGGCAUUUUAACUGAAAAUCCUGGGGAAGAAUGGGAUGCAUGUCUGGUUUUCCUGGGGAAUCCAGUGGGCAUUCUAUCAGGCAUACAGAACUUUGAUGGAUCUCCUGUAGCAAAAGACACAACGGACAUCGUAUGUGAUGUGGCUGGUGGCAGUGUCAGACUUGGGAGACAGAAGAUAGAUGACUGAAAACUGCAAGCAGGCAGAACUGAUAUUUCCCUGCUGCUGAUACAGCUCUGAGAGCUACAAGUAAAGGCAGCAACACAUGGGUCCCUCCAUCACCUACCUAUGAUGAACCUAGGUACAGACAGCGGAUAUGGAUGGGGAAUUGUGACCAGUAGGUUCACCACUGAACUAAAUUUAGUACUGCAUUUUUUACACGUAUAUGUAUAGAACGAUUUUGGUAUAUGUCAAUCUGAAACUCCAAACCUGGACUUUUUUCCACCUGUAAUUUUUUGUUUUUAUUAUUUUGCUAACCAGUUAUAGAAAGGAACUGCUGUAAGCAUGGCAGCUGGGGUAGCAGCAUGGCUGCCCUUUGCCCGGGCAGCUGCUGUAGGCUGGAUGCCAGUAGCUACAGGUUCCAUGCCCUCUCCUCCUGCUGGAGAGAGAAAGAGGUCCCAGGACACCCUGAUUGUGCUAAACGUGAGUGGCACACGCUUUCAAACAUGGCGAAACACGCUAGAGCGUUACCCCGACACUUUACUGGGCAGUACAGAGCGUGAUUUCUUCUUUAAUCAGGAUAUUGGGGAAUAUUUCUUUGACAGGGACCCAGACAUUUUUCGGCACAUUCUGAACUUUUACCAAACAGGCAAACUACAUUACCCACGGCAUGAGUGCAUUGCGGCAUAUGACGAGGAGAUUUCUUUUUUUGGGAUCCUUCCUGAGAUUGUUGGAGACUGCUGCUACGAGGAAUACAAAGACCGUCGCAGGGAGAAUAUGGAGAGAAUAAUGGAUGAUGCUGAGAGUGAUAGCCAAACAGAAGGCCUGUUGCCCCCAAUGUCUGCACGAGAAAAGAUGUGGCGAGCCUUUGAGAACCCUCAUACAAGUACAUUAGCCUUGGUCUUUUACUAUGUCACCGGUUUCUUUAUUGCUGUCUCUGUUUUUGCCAAUGUAUUAGAGACAGUACCGUGUGGCACAAGUCCAGGUACCAUGCGCGAGUUACCCUGUGGUGAGCGUUAUACAAUGGCCUUCUUCUGCUUGGAUACAGCAUGUGUGAUAAUCUUCACAGUGGAGUAUGUGCUGCGCUUAAUAGCAGCACCAAGUCGAUAUCGUUUUGUGCGAAGUGUAAUGAGUAUCAUCGAUGUGGUGGCCAUAAUGCCAUAUUAUAUUGCCCUAGUGAUGACAAACAAUGAGGACGUAAGUGGGGCUUUUGUCACAUUGCGAGUGUUCCGUGUGUUCCGGAUUUUUAAAUUCUCCCGUCAUUCCCAGGGCCUCCGGAUCUUGGGCUACACGUUAAAGAGCUGUGCCUCGGAGCUUGGUUUUCUUCUUUUCUCCCUUACCAUGGCCAUCAUCGUCUUUGCUACCGUUAUGUUUUAUGCAGAAAAGGGAUCACUCAAUAACAAAUUUACCAGUAUCCCCGCCGCAUUCUGGUACACCAUUGUUACCAUGACAACACUGGGGUAA